AUGUAAUCCAAUCCGAAAAUUACUCCAAAUAAUCCAUUUUACACAGGCACUUAUCCAUAGACCAUCCUAGUUAAGGAUAAGUAAUAACCUUCCAAAACCCGCUAUGACAGGUAAUCACAACCCAUCAUAAGAGGCAAGGGCAGACAUACAGUUACUUUUAAACCUGAUAUUCACAAAAUCUACACUGUUGAGAAUUGGAAAAUAUAUAAUAUUGAAAACGAUAACCAACCAAAUGAAAACAAAUGUUGCGCAAUACUCUGA